AUUAUGCACCUGCCUCGCAUGCUAAUGUGGAUUAUUUUGAACUGGCUCCAAAAAAUGUCUUACCGCGUAAAGACCCAGAACCAGAAUGUGAUAUCCGUUCAUCGGAACGUGAAGAUUGCAACGCAGACCUGAAGACCCCAUUCGUGACCCCUGAGGAAUGCCUGAACGCUGGCUGUUGCUAUGACGAUAUGUUCAUGUCUGAACCAGGCGUUGACUUUUUUGGAGCAGAAGGCAGAAAAUGGUGCUUCGUUCCCAAAGGAGGAGUUCGUCCCCCUCCUACCAAAGGUCCUGGUGCUGCAACAACGGGCACUCCUGGUGUGACAGAAGCCCCAGGCGGUAAAACAACAGGAGCCGUGCCACCUUCUGAAGGACAGUUUACAGGGAAAAACACCUGCUACAUGCUGAGGCUGAUCGGUACUUCAUGGAAAGGAGGACAAGAAGUAUGUGCUGGAUACGACAGUGGUGACCUCGUUUCCAUAGAAACAGAGGGUGAAUUUAAAUACAUUAAGAGUCUAAUACACUUGGCGUACAACCAAUACAAUAACGGCUGGUAUAUCGGGCUAAAGAAGGAUCUAAAUGACGGCAAAUGGAAAUGGGUCAACGGUGAACCCUUGGCGAUAUCGUACUGGGCUCCUAACGAACCUGCUGAUGAUGGGAAGUACGCCAUGAUGUCUGGCACGCCCAAGGAGGGAUCCCCUGGGGCUUUUACAGCAACGGAUGGUGAAAGCAAAUAUGGCAUCAUAUGUGAAUAUAAGUCAGAUGGUUCUUGUCCGACAGCAUCACUGGCUCGAUGAUCAGAAAACAAACACAUAUGUAUCACGAGUAAUCUAUCUGCAUGGACAAGAUUCCAGCUUUGCUUGCAUGUUUAGCAUAUAAUUACAUUGUCCCGUUGAAGACGCGGGAAAGUAAAACAAUAAAUACACAAAUAACAAUCAAUAUUUUUUCACCAAACUGCUAAAUAGCUUCACCAUAGCUUAAUUAUU